AUGGACACCAAAGUCGAUGAGACCAGCAUCUCCCGACCUGUCGUGACCGACAUCCCUGAUGACUACAGGCAGGAUGGCUCUUCGGGCUCAACCAGCGAUGGUAAUGGACUCAUCGAGGACCAGCAGCACCCCGAGCUGGACAAGCGUAUCGUCCGAAAAAUUGACCUGAGGUUGUGCACAAUCGCCGGCAUCCUGUGUGCACUCGACCUUAUCGACAGCGGCAUCAUGUCCAGCGCCUCGGCCACAUCCAUGCCCCAGGAUAUCGGGCUAGUCGGCAAUCGCUACUCGACAGCGGUGUGGAUCGUCACUCUGGCCCAGGUCGUCUUCAAGCUGCCAGCCACGAUCGCCCUGCGUUUUGUCGGACCGCCCAUCUUCUUCACGUUCGUGACCAUCCUGUUUGGGCUCAUCACCUUGUGCAUGGCCUACGUAGCCGACUGGAGACAGAUGAUCGCAUUGCGGUUCCUCAUGGGCUUAGCGAUGUCUGGAAUUUAUCCUGGACUGGCCUAUCUCAUCUCCUCGUGGUACCCGCGCAAGGAACAGCAACUUCGCUUUGCCUACCUUCAAUCCGGCCAGGUAAUUAUCGUUGCGACUGGCAGCAUCGUCAACUACGGUCUCAAUUUCCUGGAUCAUUCUCAUGGCCUACGAGGUUGGCAGUGGAUGUUUGUGGUCCAAGGGGCCAUCACCAUGUUCAUCGGAGUCGUGACGUACCUCUGGAUCCCUCAUUUCCCGGAGAAAAUCUCUAAAACACGCUGGUUCCUUACCCAGGCCGAAGCAGACGAAGUACUUGCUACUUUGGACAGGGAAAGCAAAGACGCCGGGGCGCCUGAGCCUUUCAAUAUGUCGGCAAUUCUCAUGCCGUUUCUGGAUAUCAAAAUAUAUGCCUUCAGCAUCCUGUUCUUUCUCCAGAACGUCGUCUCGACCGCCUUGUCCUACUUUAUCCCCCAGAUCCUCAUCGGGAUGGGAUUCACGUCGGACACUUCGAUCUUGCUGUACGCGCCGCCGUACUACUAUGCAGUCAUACCGGUCAUCAUCACAUCUUUCAUUGCCGACCGUGUGGCACUCCGCGGUCCGAUAAUCAUCUUCAACGCUCUGUGUCUCAUCGUGGGCAUGUGUAUGCUUGGGUUUCCUAGCAAUGUCGCUGUGCGCUACGUUGGCGUGCUGUUUGCUACCGGUGCUUAUGUCUCGAACUGGGCCGCAAUGAAUGCUUACCAAAUGAACAACAUCACGGGCCAGUGGAAGCGCGCCACCGUGGCAGCGACGGUCAGUGGCUGCAAUGCACUUGGUGGAAUUGCAGGAUCAUACAUAUUCAGGGCUGAUGAGGCUCCAUGGUACCCCACUGCCAUCUGGAUUAGCAUUGGGAGCCAUAUCUUGAUCAUCGGAAUUGUCAUGUUGUGCGGUGGUCUGUUCUGGAGGGCCAACAAACGGGCGAGCGAUGGCAAGGGCGUCAUUGAGGGCGUUGACAGCUUUAGAAAGUCUCUCCUAGAAUCCAUCGAGGUUCCUUACAGCUGCACAAGCGACUACGAUGGAGGGCCGAUGCUCGAGUACCCGUCUCGACGGGGCUGGGAAAUCAAGUACUCGCCGUAUGGCAUCAGGUACCUGGACGAGAAUGGAGUCAAGCCAAACAACGCAGACUUGGAGGCUUUCCUCCAGACCUGGCUGUACUUUGGAUUUCUGCACGAGGUGUUCGGUGACUUCGCAGAUAUCAAGUCCUUUGUGACACAGAAUACACAGGGCAAGCCUGUGGUGACUACUGCUCCUCUGGAAAAUUGUUUAGGGGUCGUGUUCAAGCGUUGGGAGGGUUACUUUAAGUCGCAAGACCCGGACGGUUUGAAGGCCAUCUUGAGCGUCUGCCAGCUGAAUCAAUUUGAAGUUGAUGAGCGAAUUUGGCUAUCAAUCGCCAUUCUCAGCGAGACUUUGGAACGCAUACGUACAAAUCAUUUUCUCCCACCGGUGGACGAAGAUACUGAACGGAGCCUCACUUGGCGGGCCCCCGGAAACCCUGUGUUCGGACAGUUUCUUGUCGACGAGAUGGCGCAGAAAGGAUGGUGUCCUUUCGACAUCGACAGGGUUGAUAAGACGACAACUUCAGCGACAUUGCUCUACUACCUGGCACACCUACCGCCCCCCAGGCCGGACGCGGACCAUUCGCUCUGCACGAAAGACGUCUGCACGUCCAUGUCGAUCAACUCCUCUUACCAAACGAAGCAUGUUGCAAUGGGUUGCCCUUGCGAGUCAGAAUUCUCAGACACCCCGAAUGUCAUGAAAGCUUUACAAGGCGACGAAGUCCCUCUCAUCCAAGAAAUGCUCCAGGUCAAAACAGUCGAGCAUCCUUCAAUGGUACCAGGUGGUAAGUCCACUUGGGUAUACGCGGAAACCAAGGAUGUAGACCCAAAGUUCCGAAUCAUCGAGAGUGGAGAAGGGAAGAAAUUCGUCGCGAUUUCCCACGUCUGGGCGGAGGGCCUAGGAAACCCAAACGGCAACUCGCUUCCAGCAUGCGCUUUGAAAUGGAUUUCAGACAAAGUGGACCAGUUCGAAUUUCAGACCGACCAGCCUGGGGGGUACCAACGAGAGUGGACCCACGAUGUUGAUGGCCUUUGGAAGAUGCCCUUCUGGCUCGACACGAUUUGUGUGCCGGUGUCCCCAGCGGAAAUGUGGACAAAAGCCAUGAAUCGUCUCCGCAAGCCGUACCAGGAUGCCGCCAUUGUGCUCGUCCUGGACUCGUACCUCUAUACACAGGAUUCAAGGGAGAUCGACGCCACUGAGGCGUGGGCGCGGGUUCUUUGCUGCAGUUGGUCCCGCCGCCUGUGGACCUUUCAGGAAGGCCGUCUGGCGAAGCCGGGGCGCCUGUGGAUUCUGUUCAAGGACCGCCCGAGGUCUAUGGAGGAUCUUUGGUGUGAAUUUAAGGAGUGUCUUGCCACCGAGGAGCUCACAACUGAGCUGCAUCUCAAGUGGCGCGGCAGUAACGUUAUACGGGGACUGGCGGAGACUGGUGGUCCAGUUUCCGAGAGCACACUACUGAACUUUAGGCCCGAGCCCGACAUUUGGGACAUGCGGGAAUCGCUCAAGGCCCGCGCAGUGAGCGUGCCGGCAGAUGAGGUGCUUUGCCUCUUCUGUAAUAUGGGCAUGGACAUGGAGCUUGUCAUGCGCACGCCGCCCGAGGACAGGUUGGCUGUCUUCUGGAGGAAUGUGAAGAAAAUCCCAGUCGGGCUGGUCUUCUCGACGGCGCCGGAAAAGAUGACUGUUCCCGGGCUCCGUUGGGCACCUAAUUCUUUCCUGGGGAAUAUGGACCGCGCGCAAUGGUAUGUUGAGCAAUGUCUUCGGCCUCGAAGGGACGGCUUUGUCACAGAAUCCGGGUUGCAGAUCCAGGUUCCUGCCCUGAUGUGUGACCCGAAGCUCUUGCUCUGGGACGAUUCAUACGAGACGAUAUUUGAGAAUGACGUGGCCCCUGUAAACCUCAGGGAUGAAGAAGGACACUGGUAUUUCGUCGAGACGCGUGCCUUUUGGAAUCAAAGUCGAAUGGAACAACCCAAAGAAAACGAGAGACUGGCUAUUCUACAUGUUGAGCACAUCGAGAACCUCGACAGCAACCCAUCAGGCACGAUGGGAAAGGCUCCUGACCCUUUUGAUUUCAAGUUAUCGAUACAAGCUCUUCUGGGCGUUGUGGAAGAGCCGAUAUCAGCCGAGGAAGGAGGGGGUGGGGAAGAGACUCGGAGCAGCAAUGAAGGGGCGAUGGCCGUGGGCAGGCCACCUGGUACGCCUGAUCCCAGAGACUUGCCUCGUUUCCGAGGCUAUCGGCACUUGAGCUUGCACAGAUACUCGGACGCUUUGUGCCGCUACUUUCGCGCUGUCGCUUCUGCAGUAGAGUUGUUUGUGGCUAUUGAGUGCGGGUAUCAAGUGCGUUGUGUUGACGACUCCGGAAAUGAAGUCGAUCUACUAUCGAUGAUCUUUGAGCAACAACCAGAGGAUACUACGGGUUCUGCCUCAGAGGAGGCCGCUUGUGACAGUGAUGUACAGGAUAGUGGACCCGCACAAACUUCGAGUCCCAGAGAGCUUGUCCAGAAACUCGAAGAGGUGCAACUUGACCGUCCAACCGAAGACACUGACAAAUUAACAAAAGAAGAGAGAGAUGCUGAUAUUUUCGAGAGAAGAUCGGAACUCUCCGGGUCGGAUGAUCAGAGCCUGGAAGACGAGGAUUCCAACCGCGAAGAGUCUGGGACAGAUGAUGAAGACGAGGUGGAAACCUACAGAGAGACUCCAGACACAUACACACUCAAGGAAUCAAGCCGUGAUCUUUGCCAGAAGUUCGCCGACAAGUUCGCUAGAUUCGACCCACGGACUCGUGACAUCACGCUCGCAGUGGGUGUCAACCGCGGCAGAGGCGAGGAGGCAAGCUACGAUCACUUCGCGAAGUUGGCAAGGUUUCAGCUGCAGAUGAGAAGGAGGAACGGAAUGAAGCGGCUGAAGCCAGAGACAUGGUGGCUCAUCGACUGA